GUCGUGUUGUCCAGUGCCUCUUGCUCGGGUCUGGUCUGCUUCAACUCGCAAACCUUCAGAUCUGCACGGAAUCGCUUCCUGCAGUUUGUGAGAAUGGAGACCUUUCUAUUUACAUCUGAGUCUGUGAAUGAGGGACACCCUGACAAGCUCUGUGACCAGAUCUCUGAUGCUGUUCUUGACGCCUGCCUUGCCCAAGACCCUGAUAGCAAGGUUGCCUGUGAAACAUGCACCAAGACCAACAUGGUCAUGGUAUUCGGAGAGAUUACCACCAAGGCCAACGUAGACUAUGAGAAGAUUGUACGUGAAACAUGCCGCUCCAUUGGAUUUGUCUCUAAUGACGUAGGUCUUGAUGCUGACAACUGCAAGGUACUGGUCAACAUUGAGCAGCAGAGUCCUGAUAUUGCCCAGGGUGUCCAUGGUCACUUUACCAAGCGCCCUGAAGAGAUUGGUGCUGGUGACCAAGGCCACAUGUUUGGUUAUGCAACUGAUGAAACCCCUGAAUACAUGCCUCUUAGCCAUGUCCUUGCCACCAAGCUUGGAGCACGCCUUACUGAGGUUAGGAAGAAUGGCACCUGCCCAUGGCUAAGGCCUGAUGGCAAGACCCAGGUUACUGUUGAGUACUACAAUGACAGCGGUGCCAUGGUGCCAGUCCGUGUCCACACUGUUCUGAUCUCCACCCAGCACGAUGAGACUGUCACCAACGAUGAGAUUGCUGCUGACCUCAAAGAGCAUGUCAUCAAGCCUGUCAUACCGGAGAAGUACCUUGAUGAGAAAACCAUCUUCCACCUUAACCCAUCUGGUCGCUUCGUCAUUGGUGGUCCACACGGCGAUGCUGGCCUCACUGGACGUAAGAUCAUUAUCGACACUUAUGGUGGUUGGGGAGCCCAUGGUGGUGGUGCUUUCUCUGGAAAGGACCCUACAAAGGUGGACAGAAGUGGUGCUUACAUUGUCAGGCAGGCUGCCAAGAGCAUUGUAGCCAAUGGACUUGCUCGUCGAUGCAUUGUUCAGGUCUCCUAUGCCAUUGGUGUCCCUGAGCCCUUGUCUGUCUUUGUAGACUCCUAUGGAACUGGAAAGAUUCCAGACAAGGAGAUCCUCAAGAUUGUUAAGGAGAACUUUGACUUCAGACCUGGAAUGAUUACCAUCAACCUAGAUCUCAAGAGGGGUGGCAAUGGCAGGUUCUUGAAGACAGCUGCCUAUGGACACUUUGGAAGGGACGACCCGGACUUCACCUGGGAGGUUGUGAAGCCCCUCAAGUGGGAGAAGCCCCAAUCUUAAAACCGUUGCCUGUCCCAUCCCUGCUGUUCGAUGCCUCCUUAUCUAUGUCUAUCGAUAAUCUAGAACCCUGUUUUCAGCCCUUAUGUCCCAAUCUCAUACGCAUGACGCCCUAUUCGUAUUCUUUACCUUCUCUCUCUUCUUCUUUUUUUUCUUUUUUUUCUUUUUUUUCUUUUUCCUUUUUCGCUCUUUCUUUCUUUCAGUUUGAUUUAUGUUCUGUACCAGUCUCAGUAUUGGAAAAUUGUUUGGGAAUUUUGCAUAAAUUGAUGGCAUUACUAUAUUUUGAUUUCAUGGAAAAUUUUCAGCAAUGCAAUUGGUAUUUUAUUGGGGUCUCUUUUACCCAAAAAUCAAAUCUUUGUUUCAAC